UAGUGUUAUAACUUUAGCUAUUUACAGCCGAGAUAGACCAUCGGCAUGCUGUGUGAGUGCAUCUGACUCAUUAAGGGACCAAACUGAGUGACUGGCCUCAUGCAUGUCAUGGUUUUACAGCUAAACUGAGACAGCUGCUUGGAUUAAACCUCUUCCAUCUGCUGUCCUCCAGUCCACUGCCGAGCUGCUAGCUCACUAAUAAAACACAUCUGUGGAGGAAACAUCUCAACUUAUAUGCAUACAUUUUCAAAAUAUAUAUAGCCCCACACAUUUGGAAUUUUUAUUUACUUAUUUAUGUAUCGAUUAAACCCGUAAACAUGGAAAUGUAACAUUAUUUCUAGGCCACUAAUCAAAUAAGCAAAUUUGUGGCAAUCAGCAUGUGAGUUCUUUGAACAAGAGCUCAGCUUUCCUUGCUUGCAUUGAAGCUUAUGAGUUUUGAAACAUCCUCACAUCAUGCUGGAAAAUAUGAUCGUGAGGUUUGUAAGCUUUAAUUGGGGGGAAAGAAAAUAAAGCCUCGACGUUAGCCUUGUACCAGAUAACUCGUCUUAGUCACAUGACCUCAUAGCCCACAUAUGCUCGUAAUCUGUUUAUGCAGCGCAUGACCCGUCCUCCCCCUCUCUUCUGCCCUCCCAUCCCGUCUGCCUUUCAGCUGAUGAUGCAUGUGGCAGAAUAAAAUAGGCUUGGCGAGCAUUGCUAUAGCAACCGCAAACAGCGAGGCACUUCAGAGCAGUCUCAAAGAGGAAAUGUGACCUGGGCCAUUACACGUCUACAAGCACUACAAGACAACUGGAUCACUUCUAAAGAACAAAUUCAAGGUGAGCAGCAGAGGGCCGGUGACAGCAGCGAGCAUGUCGUGGUUCAGCUGGAACGAGCCGUACUAUCGGAGCCCAAGACGUGAGGCGUCUCAAGUGGUAACGGACACCCUGAUGCUGGAGCUGAGCUGGCAGAUGAAGGAGGCCGAGAGACAGCAGCGGGAGCGAGACAAUGAGUACCAGCGGCUGAAGAGCGGCGUGGACUACAGCUGGCUCAUGAGCACCCCACGCAGCUCAUUUGACAUCAGCCAAGGAGAGAGACUCGGCCUUGAGGACCUGUGCAGCAAAGUGCCACCAUCAUACUGCGGAUCUGUAAUACAAAGGUUUCGGCAGGUGCUGAUGGAGAAUGAGCCUGAGGUGCAGGAGGUUUCCGGACUCUUCCGCUCUGUGCUUGUGGAAACACUUGAGCGUGUUCAUGAGGAGCAGGAGGCGCAGCGUCUGACCCACCAGUGGAACAACAGACGCUCCAUAAGCCUGUCGCUGAUGAGCUUCAAGUCUCGCGUGCGGAUCAACCCUUUCGGCAGCACCUUGGGACUGAAAUCAAACAGUUACGGCUCGGAGGAAGAUGGAGUAGAUGUCAAGACUGUGUGUGGGGAUGUUGAGAAGGGUCUUGGUCAGACAACGGAGAAAGCGCAGCGCGUGUGGAGCAUGCCGGAGAUUCGGCACAAGGGAAUCAAUGGGAAAGCUUGAGUGUCUGGGAGCGGGAUUCAGCAGGAUCUGGUCCAGUCAACGACUGCCUGAUAUUCCCAGCAUCACCUUCACUGUCAGUGUAUUUAUAUUUCCAGAAAUAUGGAGGUAAGAGGUAUGAUGAUGUUGGGAAAUAAAACUUAAGUCUUAGCAAAGCAAAUAAAUGCAUUUGCUACAAGGACAACACUCCCAACUCAUCACAUAUUGCUGCUUGGUCAGGACUCUUAGGCAUAAUUUUUUACACACAGGGUCCUCCAUUGAUUUAAAUAAGAAAACUUUGGCAUCAGUAUGCCGAAGCAAAAGGCACUGGGAAUUUUAUCGUUGUGAUUAAAUUAUAUAUUGGAUAAUUAUAUUGCCAUUAUUGCAUAUAUGUUGGGGUGUGACUUUUCAAAACAGUCACAACAGUUUUAUUUACAUUAAACUAUUCACACAUUUAUGAGCACAUAACGCAACCCCUGCCCCUAAACCUACCAUUUGUCAAUAAAACACAAUAUGUAACAGACAGAUAUAACUAGUCAUAAUUUAUUCAAAAAGUAUUAAUAUUCCAAGUCUUCCAAGGCAAAACGAUUGAUUUGUGAAAGGAAUUGAUGUGAUCUCCGUAUAUUAAGCCUUAAAGUUCUGCGUAAUUAAGGGUGUGACCACUUGAGUGACAGGUCACUUGCACUUCCGCUAGUGACGUCACUUUCAGUCUUGAUUUUUAUUUUGUGCUAUUGUGAUAACGACCUGAGCAGUCACAAGGAGGAUCAAUAGCAAAGUUGAGUUUCCAAAGGGUUGUUUAUUUAGUGCGUGCACUUAAAACAGUGCGCUUGUGUGUGUCUGAAAGUGCACGUCUGCAGCCAGACCCUUCUCCAUUUUCGAUUAUCCAGGAGUGGCGUGCUGCCAAGAUGGCGACGGUCAGCUCCGCCCACUUUAGGCUUCAAAAAUGCACUUCAGAAACCUAUUAGUGAUGUCACGGACACUAAGUCCAUGUUUUUUAUGGUCCUGACCAAGUAUCAAUAUGUGAGGAGUUGGGAGUGAGAACCUGUUGGAUCCACACCUUUCAUUUUUGACUGAAUGUGCAUAGCCUAUAUGCAGUAAAUUCCUAAAACAGGAAACCAGAUAUUUGCUGAUCACUCAUCAUCAGAUUCAAUUUGUAUGACAAGUUAUUCUGAAAUAGUACAGUUGCCUAAUUUAACUU